UCCUCCAUAGCUGCAUAAAGUACAAUAAAAUGUACCGUACCCAUUCUUUCCAAGUAUGACAAUCAUAGAUAUAUGUAAAUGAAAGAAUGAAACCCAAUCCUGUGUAAAAUUGUCUACUUUGACCAAGCAACGGUGUCGAUUUCUGCUUGUGCACUCCUGUAUAAUUCUAACCUCUUGGCUAGGGCGCUUCGUCGCUCCAUGACUGCCGGAUCUUCAUUCAACAAUGAAGAUAACCGUUUUUGCUACAAAAGUUGUUUUGAUGAGUCAAUCACUUGUAUAAUAUACUUCAACAAUAAUGUAAAAUUGCAGCAAAAAUGCAUGUAAUAAGUCUUCUACUUACCUCAAGUUUUCCCAACUCAGUGAAGAAGUGGUCAAGUAGACUUCGUUUAGCUUCUCGUACUGACAAUAAACAACAGACUUGGGUAUGGAGUUACGAAGACUUGCACAAACCAGAUUUACAUAAGAUAAAACAGUAUAUUGGCAAGAAAAAGACCCAUCUACAAGAACAGCAUGAGAGAGAGAGGUAGAGAGAGAGUAAGGGGCUCAGGCAACGGACAACAAGCGUGGAAAGGACGGACAGCACUGGACAGAGAGUGGUCACAGCCCAGAGGGAGAAGCAGCAAAUGGAGAUCAGAGGUCUUGGGAAGGCAAGGAAACUGCAAGCACCAGAUGGAUCAUGGGGAAUGGGGUUAUGAUAAAGGGGUUUACAAGCAAGCUACAGCAUUCUUCUUUACCAACUUUCCUGAAGAUUGGAGUUAUGCAGAAAUGUGGAUUGAGGGGCGCAAACUCUGGGUUAAUGUAGCCAAAUACCCUAAAGAAAAAUCAGAAAAGGUGGAGAGGAGAAGAGUCUCUGGUAUAGCUAUUGUGGUACAAGGAAAAACAUAUGCAGAUGCAGUAAAAGGACAGCAAGUGGACAAGCUGAGGGAAGCAAGGGGGCAUGAAUUUGUGGCAAGAGCAAAUGCAUAUAUGGAAAAGCACCAUAGCAGAAGGAAUCCCAAGCAGCAAGAGAGCAAACAGACAUGGAUAGAAAAGAGCAAAGAAACAGAGUGGUCUGGCUUUGAAUAUAAUGUGAAGAUUGAGGAUUAUGAGUGGUUACAAGGCUGUUAUGUAGGAACAGCUCGCUCUGUUGAAAUUGUCCAAACCUUCAAGAGAAGUUUUAUAUGGAAGGCUAUUUCACAUGCCGGUUAUGAGCAAUGGGUGGGAAUUGCUUGGGGUAAAUUUAUCUGUUUGGAUGAUAGUACCAGCAAGAAAAGAAGGUUCGACAUUGCUCGUUUCCUCAUCUCAACGUCCAUCAUGGAUUCAAUUUCAGUCAAAAGACAAAUUAGAGUCAAUGGUGUGAUAUACAACUUAAAAUUCACUGAAGAGGAACAGACGAACAGCCUUUUCUCAAUCAAAUAUGACUUCAUGCCAAAUUUCAAGAGUGAAUCAGAAAAUGAAGAAUCAUGGUCAAAAGUCAGUGAUUAUGAAGAUGAACACGGAGUAGACCGGCAGACCAUCGCCGGAGAAGAAGUAGAAGCCGGUGACACAUGGGGUCUAUACAGAAAAGACAUGGGGUUGGCUGUCAUCUCGUCCUUCGAGGAAGAGGGUGAAUUUGAAUUAGAAAAAACCAGCAAUGACGUGAGGCAAUCCAAAAAGGCUGACAAGAGAUCACAGAGCCAGAUUGAGGAAGAAGAUUCAGUAGAAGUGGUGGCAGAUAACAUUAAUGUGGAUGAAUAUUUGAAUGAUGCAGGAGACAGAGAAGACAUUGGGGAAUGCAACUCUGAUUCAAAUACAAAAACUCAAGCCACAACGGAUCCUAUUGAGGAUUCGGAAGCCAUUGGGCUGGAAUUAAGGACUAAGCCCAUUAGGGAGGAGGUGGGCCAAAUGCACCUCACAACAAAAGAAAUGGAUACUGUAGCUUCGGCCAAUGGAGAAAGGAGCAGCAACAUGCAAUCGGGAAAUAAAAUGAGGCCUGAUAGUGCAGCUGAGAAAGGUGCAACCUGUAGACAAAAAAGGAGCACAAAAGGAGGGUCUACCACGGAAAACUCUAGGCUGUUUUGGGCAGGAUUUGCAAGUGACGAAGGCAGCGAGAAGGAAGGAAGAGGGGUAGCAGCUAAGAAUGAGGAGAAUGUUAUUAAAAGGCUCGAGGAGAUGGAGUCGAGAGACAGGAAUGCUAAAGAAGAGGAGAACUCAAGGAAAACGGCCAAGGGACAGAAGGCUAAUGGUAAAUCCAUGAGCAGACUAGAUAGAUUUUUGCUUUCUGAAGGGUGGCUAUCAAAGUGCGAUGAGGCUAGACAGUGGGGAUUAUGGUGCAGAGAACCGAUAAAAGAUGUGUGGAGCAAGGCUAACAUUCAAGGGUGGGCUGGAUUCCGCCUUAAGGAGAGACUGAAAUUAACUAAGGAGGCUCUAAGGAAGUGGAACCAAAACCUAGUCUCGAAUAUUGACAACAAAAUAAACAAAGCAGUAGCCGAGAUUGCUCAAGUAGAUUUAAAGGGAGAGAGGGAACAUCUGAUGGAGGAGGAGAUCGAAGUGAGAAGGGAGGCCUUUCUAGAUUUGUGGAAGAAUCUAAAGCACAAAGAAAGCAUGCUGCAACAGAAAUCAAGGAAAACUUGGUUGCUAAAUGGAGAUGCAAACACAAAGUUUUUCCAUAAUGGUGUGAAAGGAAGAUGGAAGAGAAAUGAAAUGAACAGCAUAUAUAUGCAAGGAACCCAGAUUGUAGAAGUGAGCAAAAUGAAAGAGGAGAUUUCAUCUUACUUUGAAAGUAUGUUUAAAGAAGAGCAGGGGGAGAGACCGAAAUUAGAUGGGAUAUGCUUCAAACAAAUAACUGGGGAAGACAAUAGCUCACUCAUCAAACCAUUCAAUGUAGAAGAGAUAAAGGUAGCAGUAGAAGAUUGUGAUAGCUCGAAAGCACCAAGCCCCGAUGGAUUCAAUUUCAGAUUUGUCAAGAGUGAAUGGGAGGUAAUUAAAGAGGAUGUUAUAGGAUUCCUACAAGAUUUUCACAAGAAUAGCAAAAUGGUGAGGGGACUAAAUACCUCUUUCAUAGGCCUCAUCCCAAAAGUGGAUAAUCCACAGAAGAUUGAGGAAUUCAGACCCAUUUCUCUCAUUGGUGUGAUGUACAAAAUUCUUGCAAAGAUUUUAGCCAACCGGUUAAAGAAGGUACUUGAUGGGGUAGUUGGUGAGCAACAAAUGGCGUUCAUCAGUGGUAGACAAUUAAUGGAUGGGGUUGUCAUAGCAAAUGAGGUGGUCAAUGAGGCAAAAAAAAGGAAGAAAGAAACUUUCAUGUUUAAGAUUGACUUUGAGAAGGCUUACGACAAAGUAAAUUGGAGUUUUCUGGAUUAUAUGAUGCAAAGGAUGGGGUUUUGUGCUACUUGGAGGAAAUGGAUCAGGGUGUGCCUGUAAACAAGCUUGGUGUCAGUCUUGGUUAACGGAAGUCCAACAAGACAAUUCACAGUUUCCUGAGGACUUAGACAAGGGGAUCCUCUAUCCCCUUUUCUAUUUUUAAUAGUUGCUGAGGGGCUAAAUGGUUUAAUCUCCACAGCUUCACAAAAGGGCCUACUUGAAGGAGUGCAGGUGGGGUCUCACGGAUUCAAAGUAUCACACCUUCAAUACGCCGAUGAUACAAUUUUGUUCGGAACAGCUUCUGAGGAAAAUGUCUGGGCAAUGAAAGGAAUACUGAGAU